AUGAAGACUUCUCUCGCUUUCGUUUCUCUCUCACUCGCCUUCGCCUCGACCUCCGCCCACACCAUCUUCCAGGAGCUUCUGGUAAAUGGUGUUUCGCAAGGCCGCCUGAAUGGCAUUCGCGUGCCAGAGUACGACGGCCCUAUUACCGACGUCACCUCGAACGACGUCAUUUGCAACGGCGGCAUUAAUCCCUACCGUCAGCCCGUGUCUACAACUAUCAUCAAGAUCCCUGGUGGCGCUCAGGUGACUGCCCAAUUCCACCACACGCUCACCAGCAACACCGGCGACCAGUCAGACCCUAUUGACCCAUCGCACAAUGGACCUAUCCUGGCCUACCUUGCCAAGGUUCCAUCUGCCCUGCAAAGGGACGUCACUGGCCUGAAAUGGUUCAAGAUCUACGAAGACGGUCUUGAUUCGAGGGGAUGGGCAGUCCAGAGGCUCGUUGCCAACCAAGGAAAAGUCACCUUCACGAUUCCUAACUGCAUUGCCCCAGGAGAAUAUCUUCUCCGUGUGGAGCUUAUUGCUCUCCAUGCUGCUCAGAGCUAUCCUGGCGCCCAACUCUAUAUGGAGUGCGCUCAAAUUGAGAUCACCAGCGGAGGAAAUACCACCCCUGCGCCUGCCGUCAGCUUCCCUGGAGCAUACUCUGGCUCUGAUCCGGGAAUCAGAUACAACUUGUACGCUGGUCUUACCAGCUACACAAUUCCAGGGCCUUCUGUCUUCCGCUGUGAUGGCUCAAGCAACCCAGUUAGUACUGCAGCCCAACCCACUACUGCAGCCCCGACGACCGCUGCACCUACAACGACCGCACCUUCCGCUGGAACCGUCGCUCAGUAUGGACAAUGUGGUGGUAUCAGUUACACGGGUCCUACUGGCUGCAUUUCUCCCUAUACUUGCUCUAAACUGAAUGACUACUAUUCUCAAUGCCUUUGA